CCGCAUAGAUCUAAAGGUAUGACUCACGGUUUGCAGUACUCAUACGAUGAUUUUAGCUACAAUCUGGAGAACCACGGUCCCCCCCUCCGCAGUACGAUCUAAGUUCAAUAAUUGCGAGAAAAUGAAAAAACAAGGCGAAACAAAACACCUCCUCUACCGCUACGUAUCUGCCCACAUCCCGCCUCCUCCAAAAGCGGGGAGAAAGGCAAAUCCCAGGCCCAACGCAUGGUUCCCUCUGCAGAUUGCAUCGUGCAGAUGCAGUGCAUUCUCGUCCUGUCGUCGUCCUAUCUUUCUCGUAUCGCUCACUCACGCCGGUCCAAUCAAAGCCCUGCGAUCCUCAUCUUGCUCACCCUUUGUGGUCCCAUAUUCCGAUCACAACCAGACAUUUCUCAAAAACGACUCAGAUCAAAAAGGAUCGCCCCGUCAGCUCUCUUUUUUGGUAACAGCUGCACCCCUGCUGUCGAUCCAAUCCGCACUCGUCAUAACGCUGCACAUCAAGGGCUCAAAUUAGAAAAGAUGAGUGCAGAUGAUGGUCGUGCUCCCCCUCAUAAAAGAGGGAGAUUGCCGAGGCUGCUUUUUUGGCUGAAAGAUGAAUGUGAUGUAUCCCUUAUGAUAUCAUC